GGUAUCGAUGUGUUUCGAGACCGUCCCGCGCGCACCCGGACCGGUGAGCGAGCUCUGCGAUUGGUCGGCACGCUAUCCCCCGGGCCAGCCGAGCCGGACCGCCGUCGCGCUGCGCCGUACACCGCCGUCAGUUGCGCUCGUUGUCUCGUCCGUUCGUCACGUUCGUCCGUUCAGUUUCUUUCGUCCGCGCGCCACACUUUAACCGCUCUCGUGCACGUGAACCGGCAUCAUCACGUUCGCGUUCAAGUCGAACACACCAAUGCAAUCGGCUUACCUGGACGAGCCGAUCACUGAAAUGGUCACAGAGGACACGGAAAACGAGUUCGUGUCUUGCGGCGUCGCGACCAUGCAAGGCUGGCGCUCGUCACAGGAGGACGCCCACUUGAGUAUUUUGAACUUUGAUGAAAACAAAUCGCUUUUCGGCGUGUUCGACGGACACGGUGGCCCCGAGGUGGCUCUAUGCGCGGCCGAAAAGAUACCCGAGUUGAUCAAAAAUGAUUUUUAUCGUGAUGGUGAUUACGGGGAGGCUUUGAAAAAAGCGUUCAUGGAUUUCGACGAAUAUCUGCUGACCAUGGACGGUUAUACAAGAAUGAAAGCGCUCCACGGAUACCCUGUGAAGAACAACUCAAAAAGUGAUGGAACAAAUGACAAGUUUUCCAGCAAAACCUCGUUCGGUUAUGCUAGUGGUACUACUGCCGUAGUGGCGUUAUCAGUAAACGAUUGGGAAAAUACUAAAAUGUAUGUGGCUCACGUCGGAGAUUCUGGGUGCAUCAUUUCCGAUCAUCUCGUCCAAUGCACUUAUAUGACAAAGGAUCAUAAUCCCAAGUACGAACCGGAGCUGUCAAGAAUCCUAGCGGCCGGCGGAAUAGUUGCUAAUGGAAGAGUGAACCACGAUCUGAACAUGUCCCGGGCUUUAGGUGACCAUUUGUACAAGGGGAACAGCUUGCUAUCAAUGACAGAGCAGAUCAUCAUUGGCAUGCCAGAGGUCAAAGUGAAAGAGAUAAAACCGGAAUUCGGCAGAUUCAUGUUGAUCGCAUGUGAUGGCAUAUGGAACUCCAUUACCCGGAACAAAGCCGCUAUAAUCGUGUCCGAGUUCAUUAAAAGCCCUACCGUGAAAAUGUCGGAGAUUUGCCAACACUUGAUCCUUAGAUGUUUGGCGCCCUCUAAAGCUGCUUGCGGUGGUCGUGGCUUGGACAAUAUGACUUGCAUUCUCAUAAGAUUCAAAGACGCUCCCGAAGACGUAUGUGCAGGUGCGAUGAACUCACUCAAAUUGAAAUAAUUGCUCGGACAUCGACCGGCAGUCUAUGGAGUUUUGGUGUAAACAUUGGUGUUAUUCGGCUGCCGGAAGUUCAAUAUAAGUAGCGUACAAAACAUACAUUAAAAUAAUAUUUUAUUUUAUCUACAAUGCUAACAAAAAGGAGAAUUGUAUUUUGUGCCAUAAUUAAUUAUUAAAGUAAUAUAAUAUUAGUAGUAUUCUUUUAUCGAUCAUAAAUAUUAAAUAAAUUACGUGUGACGCGUUAAACUGGGA